AUGGUCGUUCUGGAGAACCCUGAGGCCGGUCCCGAGGAAGCAGCGGCGGCGGCGAGGGUCGCCCCGGGCGGGCGGAGGACGCUGCCCCUUCCGGGCUGCCUGCCCGCUCUAGCCAGCCCCCAGGUGAAGAGGCUCUCGGCCUCCCGGCGGAAGCAGCACUUCAUCAACCAGGCUGUGCGGAACUCAGACCUCGUGCCCAAGGCCAAGGGGCGGAAGAGCCUCCAGCGCCUGGAGAACACACAGUACCUCCUGACCCUGCUGGAGACAGAUGGAGGAACACCUGGCCCGGAGGAUGGGGACCUGGCACCCCCCGCGGCACCUGGCAUCUUUGCAGAAGCCUGCAGCAAUGAGACCUAUGUGGAGAUCUGGAACGACUUCAUGAACCGCUCUGGGGAGGAGCAGGAGCGUGUUCUCCGAUACCUGGAGGAUGAGAGCAAGAGCAAGGCGCGGAGGAGGGGGCCUACCCGCGGGGAAGACAGGCGGAGAGAGGACCCUGCCUAUACGCCGCGGGAGUGCUUCCAACGCAUCAGCAGGCGCCUGCGAGCUGUCCUCAAGCGGAGCCGUAUUCCCAUGGAAACACUGGAGACCUGGGAGGAGCGGCUGCUGAGGUUCUUCUCUGUGUCCCCCCAGGCCGUGUACACGGCCAUGCUGGACAACAGCUUCGAGAGGCUCCUGCUUCAUGCCAUCUGCCAAUACAUGGAUCUCAUCUCAGCCAGCGCUGACCUGGAGGGCAAGCGACAGAUGAAGGUCAGCAAUCGCCACCUGGACUUCCUGCCACCAGGGCUGCUCCUGUCCGCCUACCUGGAGCAGCACAGCUGA